AUUUAGGGUCCGACCAUAUCUGAACCCCCCCCCCCUCUCUUUCUCUCUCUAUCUCUCCCUCCUCUUGCUUUUGUUACUCUUCAAGAUCACAAGCUCUUUGCCGAUUCCAGAUCAGUUUUUCCAAAGUGGAGUAAAUAUCGAGUGAAAGUCAAUGGAUCGAGGAAAGAGGCCAAAUAAGCUCGUGGGCAGCAGGAACAGUAAGAUUUACAUGGACCUUAGGGAUAUAAUAAGGGAGCACACUCUUCCUUUCCUUCCUGCAAAAUCACUUUUCAGGUUCCAAGGUGUUUGUAGGGACUGGAAGCUCCAGAUUUCAACUCCUUUCUUUGCCCACAACCAGUCACUUACCUUCCAGGCUAUCUCAGGCCUCUUCUGCCAGUCCUCUGGGGGAGACCCACCAUCAUUUAUCUCCAUCGACCCUCAAUCUUGUGGUGUUCCGGAUCCGUCUCUGAAAUUUUUGCCCGAGCCCAUUGACAUUAGGGCGUCUUCCAAUGGACUAAUUUGCUGCCAAGGUCAGACUGGGGAUAAACCCUACUACAUCUGCAAUCCUGUUACCAGGCAGUUGAAGAAACUUCCUAAAACAAAUGCUGAUCAUGGGCUCGAUCCUGCUGUUGUACUUGUCUUUGAACCAUCAUUGCUCAACUUUGUGGCUGAUUACAAGCUGGUGUGUGCUUUCCCAUCUGUCGACUUUGAUAAUGCGACUGAAUUUGAGAUCUAUUCAUCCACUGAUGGAUCUUGGAAAAUUUCUGGAGAGACUUGCUUUGCCAGCAAGAAGCUUGUGCCUAGAUCAGGCAUUUACGUGGAUGGUGUUGUUUAUUGGCAGGCGAAGCAUCAUGGGAUUGUUGCAUUUGAUCUCACGAAAGACAGGUCACAACUCAUCCAAGGGUAUCAUGGCAUCAACGCAACUUUGGGGACGAUGAAUGGAAAGCUUUGUUCAGCUUAUGCGAAUGGCCGCUCAGUAUUGGUGAAUGUGUUGUCUAACGUGUACUCAAACACGAUGCAAAUGCACAGCAACACGAGGACGUGGGAAGAGAAAACCCGUUUCUAUUUAGACAAUUCUGCGCUUGGUGGAAUUGCUAAUGAGCAGGGAAUGGUCCUCUUUGCAGGCUGCAAUGUGAUAUUGGUUCAGUUCGGGAGGUCAAUCCUUUGUUACGACAUGAAGAGUAAAGAAACUAAAGUCCUAUGCAAUGUGCCUGAAUACGAUAUCAGGUGCAUAUCUUAUGUGAAUAGCCUCGUCUACAUCUAAAUAUAUGCUUCUGUUUGUUCAUCACUUGUUUCAGAAGUUCAUCUAAUCUCCAUGAUGGCCCUUUAAAUUCUCAAGCUGGUGAGGGGUUUAAUGGCCACUAGGAAAUUUGAGAUGUGCUUUAAUUUAUGAAGAACAUGUAUUGUGGAACCUUAAUUUAUUAGAUUCAUACAAUUGCACGUGUUAAUAUUAUAUUUAAUACCGUUGUUUUUCAGUUA